CUUGACGCCGCACUCUAUCGCCUUGUUUAGCUGGAUGAAAACUUCAUUUCACAGACAAAUUCAAUGAGAAGGUGAACGCCGACCAUGAAGCUCCGUUGAAAGGCGGCCAAAGAGUUUGGAGUAAGCUAACUGGAGACUGCAGGACCCCGUCGGUAAAACUUUUUCUUUGGUCGAAAACUAACAAUUGAACACAAGAUGAUGUCUGACGCUAGCGAGAUGUUGGCAGCAGCCUUGGAGCAAAUGGAUGGGAUCAUAGCAGGCUCCAAGGCCAUGGACUACUCCAACGGGCUGUUUGACUGCCAGUCUCCCACAUCGCCUUUCCUCGGUGGCCUUCGGGUCCUUCACCUGCUGGAGGAUUUGCGGGCAGCACUGGAGCUGAUGGAUAAUGAGGAGAGGGACAACCUGCGGUGUCAGAUUCCUGAUUCCACUGCAGAGGGUCUGGCGGAGUGGCUGCACGGACGAAUGAACAACGUCCACAGCUCCGAAGCAGUCUACCAAGAGCGUCUGUCACGACUUGAGAGUGACAAAGAGUGUCUUAUUCUUCAGGUAAGCGUUUUAACAGACCAGGUGGAGGUGCAAGGUGAAAAGAUUCGAGAUCUAGACAGCUGUCUUGAGCAACAUCGCGAGAAACUCAAUGCUACUGAGCAGCUUCUUCAGCAGGAGCUUUUGAACCGGACAGCACUGGAGACCCAGAAGCUGGAGCUUAUGACCGAGGUGUCCAGCCUGAAGCUGAAGCUAUCUACUGUGGAGAGAGAUCACAGAGGCAAUGAGGGCUUGUACCAGGAAGUGACGGACCUGCGGUUCAGGGUGACUGAUAUAGAGAAUGAAAGAGUGCAGUGUGAGAAGAAACUCAAAGCUACCAAAGAGGAGCUGCAGCUUCUGCAGGGGCAGCUGGAGGAGCGAGAGUUGGAGCUGAGGAAGUUGAAGGAUGAGGGCAGACUGAAGGUGGAGAGCCACAACAGAGCUGAGGGGGCAGAAAGAGAUACUGAAAUGUUGAAGAUGAAGAGGGUUUUAGAGUCGCUGACGUCAGAGAACGAUGAGAAGGAACGAAGGAUUAAAGAGCUGGAGGAGUCCCUUAAAAAGUGCAAAAAGGUGCAGGAACUGGUCAAAGAGAAGCUAAAUGAAGAUGACUACCACGAUAUCCCAGAUGAUCCCUCGGUCUCUGCAGCCAUGGAGGUUGAUCAGGUCACUGUAGAGUUGGAGGGGGAGGCAGGAAGGAGCUUGGGCGAGUCUGUUCCAUGCAUAGCGGUGCUCUCUGAAAUGAACGAACUGGACAGAGAGCGACAGCUUCAGGCAGCCGGAAGUACCUUAGACGUCCCAGAGUCAAGCAGCUCAGCUGGAACCAGCAGCACUGAUCAAGGCCUAAAUAAAACAGGACCUAGUUCCUCUUCUCCAACUAAAGGAAACGCCACAAGCGAGGGGAAUUUUGGUACCAAGAAAGCCCGCGCUUCAUUUGGCCGGGGCUUCUUCAAACUACGUGGAGGCAAGCAGACGGGCAGCGCCCCAAACCUCGCUGAGACGGAGCACAAAGGCACAGAGCACCUUGACUUGGCCGGUGCUCCUCCACGGAAAUCCCACGAUAAAUCGCCUCCAACGUCCUCGCCUGAAACCAAAAAGAAGUCCAAAGGGUUCAAGAGAUUCUUUGGCAGGUUAAAGAGGAGCCACUCUACCUCCUUCAACCUUGAUGAUGCAGCCGAGAUGGAGUUCAGAAGAGGUGGAGUCAGAGCUACAGCCGGCCCCAGACUCGGCUGGUCACGCGACACCAAACAAAUUGCUGUUGAUCUUCCUUUCUCACGGUGGAGCAAAGAGGAAGUUUGCGCGUGGCUUCAUGAGCAGGGCCUCGGGUUUUAUGUCGCGCAGGGUCAAAGCUGGAUCAAAUCAGGACAAACGUUACUGCAAGCAUCACAGCAUGACUUAGAGAAGGAGCUGGGCAUGAAGCACCCUCUGCACAGGAAGAAGCUGCAGCUGGCCCUGCAGGCUGUCGGAUCAGAAGAAGAAGAUCUGAAGGGCAAACUAGACCACAACUGGGUGACGAGAUGGCUGGAUGACAUUGGUCUCCCGCAGUACAAAAGUCACUUUGAUGAGGCUCGAAUUGAUGGACGCAUGCUGCACUACAUGACAGUGGAGGACCUGCUGUCUCUGAAGGUUGGCAGUGUUCUCCAUCACCUCAGCAUCAAGAGGGCCAUCCAGGUCCUCCGCCUCAACUCUUACGACCCCAACUGUCUCAGACGCCGUCCCUCUGAUGAGAGCAACGUCACACCAGCAGAGAUCUCGCAGUGGACCAACCACAGAGUGAUGGAGUGGCUCCGCUCUGUGGACCUGGCGGAAUAUGCCCCCAACCUGAGGGGGAGUGGUGUUCAUGGAGGGCUGAUGGUGUUGGAGCCUCGAUUCAAUGUGGAAGCACUUGCCCUUCUGCUCAACAUUCCUCCCAACAAAACCCUGCUGAGACGCCACCUGGCCACCCAUUUCCACGUGCUCAUUGGCUCCGAGGCGCAGCGGCUCAAACAGGACUGUCUGGAAAACCCAGACUACACUGUCCUCACAGCAACUGCCAAGGUCAAGCCGAGGCGCUUGUCGUUUGGAGGUUUUGGCACUCUGAGGAAGAAACGUCAGGACGACGGUGAGGAGUACGUGUGCCCCAUGAAUGUGGAAAUGCCAAAAAACAGCAGCUUCCAGACUAGCGCCCGGAUCUACGAGGAUAACCUUGAGCACCUGGAACAGAUGGAGGACUCUGAAGGAACCGUCAGACAGAUAGGAGCCUUUUCUGAGGGAAUCAACAAUCUGACGAGCAUGCUGAAGGACGACGUGUUUUUCCGGGAAGUGUCGGCGUGCCCUCCACCGUAUGAUUCCCUCAUGCACAAUAACUCAAACAUCUGAUAUUGCUGCAGAGCUUCGCAAGCUUCAUGGAAAAAGAACGAACUGUGCCAACUUCAUCCUGUGGUCCAUCUCCCUCCACCGCCGAUCAGCUUUUGUAAGAGAACAUGUCAGACUCUAACAACUUUUCCAUCUUUCACAUGUACACAUCUAUAUUUAUUGAAGCUGUCCAAAAUGUAACAUGUGAACUGAAAAUGCAAAGUGUUCUCAAAUUAACAUACCUCUUUAUGAAUUUUGUUGCUCAUGCCUUUGUUUUUCAGUAUUCGGUGAUUUUAAACUUUGUUUCAGCCCGUAUUUGAAAGGGCUUGUCCUCAGUUGUGUUCACUGUCUCUUCCUGAGCUGUGCCCAGAUUCUGUUUGUGAGAAGUGCUUACAUUCAAGGUUAUGAUUUUAUUUGACCACAUGUUAAGAUUGAUGCCUCACAGAAAUCAAGUGAGGCGCAUGGCGAGUAGCAUUUUUGUGUGUGGUGCUCACAGAAUUGCAUUUUGACCCAGUUAAGUGUUGUGUAAGCUGAAGGCUGCUCUUUGAAAAAUUACUUUCUUCAGAAGAAAAACAAAUCCUGAUUUGUAUCCAGGCUCUCUGGGGCACCACUGCUGGACAAAGUGCUGUGGCUAUUUUUGGGGGUUAACAUUUUACUGUGAGCACCACCUCCCAACAGAAGAUAAAGCUACUAAUAUCUAUAGAUGUUUGAUAUAUAGACUGGAAACGGGGGAACAUGCACACUUGGCUCAAGGAAAUCACUGUUCACCAGUAAACUAGUAGGGAUGGUCUUUUAAAAAAAAAAAAAACAUUAAUAUCAAAUGGUCUUCUCAGUCUUAAUAUAUAUUUUCCCCCUCAUUUUCCCAGUGGAAGCUAAUAUUUAAACCAAAAAGGGGAAGAAGCACACCUAUAGGCUGUUAACUAAAAAAAAAACAUCCAUGACUGAGAGAUUAGAUGUUACUGUCAAAUGGGAGAAAUCCAGAAAGCCAAAGAUGACUUUAGAUAAAGUGAGUAAGCAUCAAAGACUACUAAAAUAGUUCCUGGAGACCAAUAUGUUUUAGCCAGUGUAUGCCCAUGCCUACUAGUUUAGUAAAGAAGGACAUUCUUUUAAAAAAAGUUACCGCUUAUUUUUGUUUUCGCACAGUUCAAAUAAAGAUGUCAUGUGAGUUGGGGAGCCAGCUGCUUCCUCCUGUUUAUAGUCUAAGCUAAUCAGCGCCUGGCUGACUGGAGUGUCACUUUAACUGUACACACGAGUGUUUCCCUGAAGUGUCCAGCUCCUCUGUUUCAGAUACAGUUUAAUGCAGCCUGCAGGAAGGCUGGAUAUUCAACUCGAUUAACAUCCGAUCCCUGCCUCAAUGCAGACUGCAGUCAGUCUUUCCUUCGUUCUUAAAAGAAAAUGAACAAAUCUCUGUUCAUACAUACCAAUUAUGGUUUUAUUCUGUUUU